AUGAAACCAGUGUUUGGUGAAAAUUGGAAGAUUACGAGAUGGGGUGGAGAUCACAAUUGUUUGAAUGAGCACAUUUCCCAGGGACAUAGACAGCUCGAUGCGGACGUUAUAGAAGAUCUCGUCAUAGGAAUGAUAAAGGAAGAACCAUCUGUGUCAAUCUCUUUGGUGCAAGAAAGGAUAACCUCUAAAUAUGGCUUUAAAGUUUCCUACAGAAAGGCGUGGUGGUGCGAAUACAUGCUUCGCUUUUCUCCAGGUUCAUUUUAUCAUAUCCAAACAAAUGAUCUUUAUGCAGAGCAGAGCUUAGUGACUGGAAAAAAGGUGUUUCAUCGCAUAUUUUGGACGUUUAGACAGUAUUGUGAGGCGUUCAAAUUUGCCAAACCCGUCAUACAAAUUGAUGGAACACAUUUAUAUGGGAAGUACAAAGGCAAAUUGUUGGUGGCCACAUCCCAAGAUGGUAAUGAUGAAUGUUUACUGAUUGUUUUUGCCAUCGUCGAAGGCGAAACCUUGGAUGCAUGGGACUUUUUUCUUGUUAAUAUUUGUGCUCAUGUUACUGACAUGUCAAACAUAUGUUUGAUCUCCGAUCGGCAUCGUAGCAUAAUAUCUGCUGUGGAGAAUAACCCUAAUUGGCAUCCACCAAAUGCAUAUCACGUCUUUUGUAUUCGUCAUAUUGCAAGCAACUUCAAUCAAAAGUUUCGGAAUGAAGGCUAUAAUCCGGCCAUGGUUGAUUUUGAAAGGAAUCUUGCGAGCUUCCGUGAAAGUAGUCCUCAAAUUGCUGAGUGGAUUGAUGCCAUUCCUAAGGAAAAGUGGUCGCGAGCCUACGAUAUUGAAGGACGGAGGUACGAUCAUAUGACAACAAAUUUUGCAGAAUCUGUGAACAGGGUUUUGAAGGGGGCCAGAAAUAUGUCUAUAACUGCAUUGGUUAAGCAUACAUAUAGCAGAUUGGUUCAUUAUUUUGUUAAGAGAGGAACAAAUGUCGUUGCACAACUUGAAUCAGCUCAUCGUCACUGCAAAAAUAUUGUUGAAUUAGUCAAGAAAAACCAGGUAGAUGCAACAGGCCACCACGUUCGUGCAUACAAUGUGGAACAUACCGUCUUCGAGGUUGACUCUGGUUGGGAGUGUUCAUAUUCUGUCAAUCUCCCACAGAGAUUCUGUCAGUGUGGAAAGUUUAAGGCCUUUAAGUAUUCGUGUAGUCACACCGCUACUGCUGCUUUAAGUGUUAGGCAGAGUCCGUUCAUGUACGUAGACAAUGUCUUCUUGACAACUAACUUGGUCGAGGCUUAUUCUUUUCCGUGGGAGCCAAUCGGAAACGAGGAAGCAAUACCUGAAAUUAGUGGUCCAAAUAUUAUUCCCAAUGCCACUAUGUUGCGUGCAAAAGAUCGUCCAAAGUCAUCUCGCAUCCGCAACGAGAUGGACGAAGUUGAGACAAGUCAAAGCCGUAUCAGGUGUGGACUGUGCAAGGAAUGCGGCCAUAAUCGGCGAGGAUGUCCAAAUCGUGGGAGAAACGACUGA